AUGGCCGCGCCCGGCGACUUCGACGGCUGGCUGGUGCGGAGGCUCGACUCGCUGGACGUGGAUGGCGACGUGUAUGCGGCUUACAUACUGGGCGUCCUGCGGGAAGAGGAGGAGGAGGACGACGAUGAUGACGACGGGGACACGGCGAGUGCGCUGCGGGACAUCCUGUCGCCGUUCCUGGAGGAAGAUGCCCUGGAAGACGUCUGCAAAGAAAUCAUCAACCAGUGGGCCUUAAGCAGCGCCCACGGGACCGCCAAGAGUGACGAGAAGGACGCUGAAGUGCAGGCCAUUGCCAGUUUGAUCGAGAAGCAGGCGCAGAUCGUGGUGAAGCAGAAGGAGGCCUCCGAAGAGGAGAAAUUGAGGAAGGCGGCCCUGCUUGCCCAGUAUGCCAACGUGACGGAUGACGAGGAAUAUCCUUUAAGACUUCCUGAGCUGGUGGUGGGUGUAGGUCUGAGGACCCGCUUGUGGUGGUCUGUUCCAGCUCCAGACCGUGUGCCAUCGCUGGGUGUAGUGCCACUUAUUGGUGCUUCGCCAGUUCUGCCGGCGGUGGGCCGAGCCUUAGUGAUGUCACAUUUUCGGCGAAGGUCCAGCCCAGGGCAUGAUGGCUCAGCAGGUGGGCUUCUGGGAGGGGGCACUGCCCUGACUGGGCCAGAGGGGUGGGAGCGGAUUGUGUUGAUCUGUUCUGGAGAUGGAAGCCCCUCGUCGGGUAACCCUGGGCCAGACUUGAUGUGCUCGCCCCACUCAUCAGUCACUUCUGCCAUUGUCUUCUUUAACCCUGGCACUGAAGAGGAGGACCCGGAGGAGAGCGGGGCGGCGGCAGCGCCAGCGGCCUACGACGGCAGCAAGUCUCUCUUCAAAAACACCAACAUGGAAGACGUCCUGAAUGCCAAGAAGCUGGAAAGGGAGAAGGCGCGAGGGGAGUCUCAGAAGAAGAAGGAACAGGACAAGAUGCAGAGGGACAAGGACAAGGUGGCCCGGCAGGAGAGAAAGGACAAGGAGAAGAAGCGGACACAGAAGGGAGAGCGCAGACGAUAAAGGGAGGGCUCUUUGGGACACUCGUCUAUUUCAGGUGGUCUUCUGACGUCAUUGGGAGGACGGGGUGCCAAUGCAGCACUUGGCAGCGGCCCGUCUCCUGGCAUCGGAUGGCUCACUUACACUUGCAGGGCUUUUUGAUUGUUUUCUCUUUUUUUUUUUUUUUCAAGUAGUAAAGAGCUGCUGGACUGGCUGGCACCUCAGGUGGGUACAUCAGCCCCCUGAAAUGGGCAGCUGUGGCCUGACUGACUUG